AAGAAGCUUGUACUGGGUCGUCGUCUGCAAGGGACCCAUCGCUUAGCGCCGUGGCUAACUUGCACCUUCGAAGCAAUCUUAACGUUUCUCAGUCAGACGUAUUCGGGAUUUGACUUCGGCGGCCAUAGAUAGCAUAAAACUUCUUCAAUUUUCGCCUUGUUCAUAUUGCGUGACGACUUCUCCCACAAGCUCUGUUUUAUUUGGUUCCUCCAGGGUUUUGAAGAAGAAGAAGAACGAGACCUUCCUCGUCCAUUCGUCGUCGAAUUUCGUGUUGUUGCUUCGAAGAUUCUGUGUCGAGAAUUCUUAUUUUUAUUAUUGUUAUUCGGAUUGGAAACAUCCGAAUUGCUACUCGAAUUCUUUGGUUUGUUUAAUUGAUCUUCAGCUGCGUUGCCUUCCUCCGUCUCUGCAAUUAAUCAUCUCAGGUUUUCAUCGACAAAAAUAGUAAUCAAGCUUUAGUUAAUGGGUUGGCUUAGCAAAAUUUUCAAAGGUUUGAGGCACAAAUCUGUGGAAGAACGAUAUGAUUGGAGAUCUGGAACCACUACAGAUACCUCAGAGAAUCAUCCAUCAACAUCAUGGAAUUCGUCUAAGGAGUUCGAAGAAAUAGACUGUGCUAUAGCACUGUCUCUUUCGGAGGAAGACCUGAAAAAGAAUGUCGUCAUUGAUAGAGAACCACAACAGGUUGAAGACGACGAACGUCUUGCUAGGGCACUUCAGGAGAGCUUGAUCAUCGAGUCUCAGCCGGGACCCUCGUCUAACAAUGGCUACAGUUUUGGGAAUGGAUAUGGCUACAGCCAUGGAAGCGAUUACCUCUACCAACCCCUAAACAUUCCAUAUCCCUCAAAUUUCAGGAUUUGUGCUGGUUGUAACAGGGAGAUCGGUCAUGGAAGGUUUUUGAAUUGUAUGAGCGCCAUCUGGCACCCGGAAUGCUUUCGAUGCCAUGGCUGCAACCAACCAAUAUCUGAUUAUGAGUUUUCUGUCUUUGGCGGCUAUGCUUACCAUAAAACUUGCUACAAGGAAUCGCAUCAUCCGAAAUGUGAUGUCUGCAGGCAGUUUAUUCCCGUAAACAGAGCUGGUCUUAUCGAAUACAGAGCGCAUCCAUUUUGGUCCCAGAAGUACUGUCCGAGACACGAUCAAGAUGGAACUCCACGUUGCUGUAGCUGCGAGCGCAUGGAGUCGUGGGAUACAAGAUUUGCUCCUCUAAACGACGGUCGAAAACUCUGCUUGGAGUGCCUCGAUUCGGCAAUUAUGGGAACCAAAGAGUGUCAGCCCCUCUUCAACGACAUCCAGCGGUUUUUCGAAGUUUUGAACAUGAAAUUGAUGCAGAAAGUACCAUUGUUUUUGGUUGAGAAACAUGCUCUGAACGAAGUCAUGGGCGUCGAGCGACAUGGUCAUCAUCACACGCCCGAGACUCGUGGCGUUUGUCUCACCGAGGAGCGAAAUGACAAUACGAUUCUGCCGCAGCAGCAGCAGCAGCAGCAACAAUGGAGGAUUGGCGCCGAGCCUUUCGCAUUAGGACGCCACUGCGAAGUUACGGCGAUCAUCAUUUUAUUCGGUCUUCCAAGAUUGCUGACAGGAACGAUACUCGCCCAUGAAAUGACGCAUGCUUGGCUACGACUCAACGGCUACCGGGGACUGCGCGAAGACGUCGAAGAGGGAAUGUGCCAAGUCAUUGCCAGCAUGUGGUUAGAAUCCCAGAUUCUGUUGUCUGAACACGACAGCAACGGGACAACCUCGUCAUCUUCAAUGCCGGAAAGAUCCUCGUUCGAGAGAUCACUCAGUAAGUUCUUCAAGCAUCAGAUGGCGACAGAUUCGUCGCCGGUGUACGGAAAUGGUUUCCGGGCAGGUCACCGGGCUGUCGUCAAGUUCGGAUUGGACCGGACGUUGGAUCAUAUCCGUCGGACUGGAAACUUUCCUUACUGAAUCUCACUCAGGUUCCAUUUUUUGAGACUUUUUUUUUAAAUUUUAUUUUAUUUAUAAGUAUUUUUUUGAGAUUGAUUUCAUGGGAGAACAUGGCAAAAAGUAUUAUUCACGUAUACUAAAUUAUCAUUUUUAUUUUUUAUUUAUCUUGUUGGUAAAAUAUAUUUUAUACGUUUGCAAACUUCGUUAUUUUUGUCCUAAAGUGUUAUUCAUGUUGUCUCAUGCAAAAUGAUACUUCUGCAAAUGUAUUGGAUAUAUUUUUUCAACCCGAUAAAUAAAGAAUAAAAGUAAUAAUUAAGCAUAAGUGAAAAAUAUUUAUUGCAAUUUUUUUCCCUGAUUUCAUGGUAUUCUUUGGUCUGCCUCUUGAGCUGUAUAUUUAGGCUCUCUCUCUAUAUAUAUGCCUAUUUUUAUGAAGUUUCUCCAGUAGAAAUACUUUAUACAGUAAUAUAUAUGUACAUAUAUUAUAUUUUUAUAGCAGUUUUUGGACCUGCUUGUAUAUAUACAAUAUUUACAGUGAGAUUAUUGGAAUUCUUUGAUUGUGGUGUGGUGUACUGGGUGCUCACGUCAUUUGCUACACAUGGUUUGCCUAGUGUGACUUGUCUAUCGGAUUUGGAUUACAUAGUAUUAGGUUCGGCCGAUAAAUUACUUAGUGCGCACCUUUGGAUAGCUACUGAUUUCCACGUCAUUAAAAAAAAAAAAAAAAAGAAAAAA